AUGUCUGUCGAGGUGGUUUUAGAUUCGCCACUGGCGAACGCGUUGAAUAUGGCAAUUCAGCCAAAGUUAGUGGAGGUCGGAUGGAGCACUGGAGGUGCUGAUGACUCUGCGCUCUCGGAAUACAUCAUCCUGAUGCUGGUUAAUGGCAAAUCUCAGGACGCGAUUGCGGCGGAAUUAUCAGGCGACCUACUCAACCUUGGACCAGAUGAUCCAGGAGCUAGAGAUUUUGCGAGAUGGUUGUUUGAUCAAGUUGAGAUACUCAAUUCACAAUCUGGCGGAAAUGGAGCAGCUUCUGCAGAUUCGAAUAUGGGUGCCGUGGAGCAAUCUGGGGAGGCGCAGGAUGCGGAUAUGGGAGAUAACCAAGAUACCGCUCCAGCUAAUGUUCCCACGGGCCCCAAAUCCAUGCGCGAUGGAGGACGCGCUCGCGACAAGCGUAUGCUUGGACACCUAGCUAAAUCGAUGGACAGAUCGAACGACAAUGUCCUACAUCGCACGCGUGGCAAUGACCGUAUUAACUCACACUCACGCGGGCCUCCAACGGGCCCUCGGCAGUCCAUGUCAAUUCGUGGCGGCGCACGAAUGCAGAACGGCUCACGGAACGGAAGCAUGAAUGGACAACAGGUGCAAAGCUCCGGCGCGAUGAAUCUGUCAAAUUUGGCACCUGCGCAACUACAGACAAUGUUUCAGAACUUAGAACAACAGAUGGCAGGAAUGGUACAAAUGAUGGGUAUGGCAGGCCAGAUGCCAAAUGCUGGGAUGCAAAAUACUUUCCACCAGCAACAACAACCCGGCCGAUCGUUGUUCGACCGAGUUCAGCCUAGCCCUCGGGGACAAAGCAGCUUCCGGAGAGGUGGUUCAUAUGGCUCUAGAGGGGGCUUCAAUGGGGAGCAGCCCAAGUCAGCUUCCAGCGACACGCCAUCUUCAUCUAUGGAUGUUGAAAUGUCACAGGAAAAGCGAGAGCCACCUUCAGCAGAUAGCACUUGCAAAUAUAACUUGGCAUGUACCAACAAAGAUUGCAAGUUUGCACACCAAUCGCCCGCAGCUCCCCCAGGGGUACCCAUUGAUAUUGCCGAUGAAUGUACUUUUGGCGCGGCUUGCAAAAAUAAAAAAUGUACCGGCCGACAUCCAUCACCUGCGCAAAAGCUCGCUCACCAAACGACGAUGGAUUGCAAGUUUUAUCCGAAUUGUACCAACGAACGAUGUCCUUUCAGACACCCAACAAUGCCGUUAUGUCGAAACGGGGCCGAUUGUACUACACCCGACUGCAAAUUUGUGCACUCCAAAGUCAUGUGCAAGUUCAAUCCCUGUUUAAACCCAUCUUGUGUCUAUAAGCAUAUUGAUGGCCAGAAAAGAGGAAAGUUUGAGGACAAGGUCUGGGUGGCUAACGGAGGCAAGGAACACGUUAGCGAGAGGAAAUUUGUUGAUGAGAAUGAGAUGGAGGAGGAACUCAUCAAACCAGAAACUGGUUCAGAGGAGGCAAAGUUUAAUAAUAUUUCGGCGGCCCCCGUCGAUGUGGUCACGUAG